GGGUGCCGCCGAUUAAAAUUUAUUUCACCUGCGGAUAACCGCCGACUCGUGAAUCACGCUAUUUUGAAUCGUUCUACCGGUAUUCACGGAUCAUGUCAUCAUUUUUGUGCCAUGGAGAGGGACUGUGUGUCAGUUAACAUUAGUCCUGUCUUAAAUGACACAGUGGUGUGUGAAUUGAAUGAUGCUGACGCCCUACAAAAUCCAGGUGAUCUUAAGGUGACACCAGGCUGGACCUAUAGGGGAACAGAGGUUAGGAACACUUUCAUCAGCUAGUCAUGUCUGAUUCAUACGGCUUAAUCCAAAAAGCUAGCAAUUAGCGCCCUAAUUAGAUUGGAGCAGGUCGAAAAUGCAAAGGGGGAAACAAGAGAGACACGACACAGAAAAUUCCUCGCUUUACAAGUCUCUGUGCCCGAUAUUUACUUAGUAUUUUGCUUGUAUAACGCCCGGGGGUGGGGGGGGGGGGGUACUGCCAUAUAUGGGCUAUAUAGGUAUGUGCCGCUGUGAAGGGUAUGGUUUUCAAGCAGUUUACUCUAGGAUAGGGUAUAUGAAUAAGAGCGUUUGGCUCUAGAAUAGGGUAUCAUUUUUCAGGAAACUGAUCAUUUGGUUGAAGAUUUUAUCUAGACUAGGUAAUCGGCUCCUGACUAGGUACACAGCCACUGUAGGAUAGGGGGAUUUAGGGAGUUUACUCUAGUAUAGGGUGGCAAAAUUCAGCUGAACUGGCUCUGGUAAAGGUUAAGGGUUCCAGGCUCCCAGCGGCACAUCCCCACCCAGAAAUUCCUAAAGUGCCCCCCCCCCCCACCCCCGGGGUAUAACGCUCUUUAUUUGUUUGUUUUUCGUAACUUCGUAACUUCUUCCGUCUGACAACAAACCAAUUAGCUAACCAGGCUGAAUUUGGUAACAGCAAACGCCCUUGACUUUAAAUCUAAGAGUCCCUUACAACAUGUACAUUUUUUAACUUGUUUUUGUUUUAUUAAAUUCCAAGGAUUUCUCUUUUCAUUAGAAUAUGUGCUCCAGUAACCCGUGCUUUAACAACGGGGAAUGCCUGAAUGGAUUCACUGAUAAGAAAUAUCUCUGCUUGUGUCCAGAGGGUAUUGGUUAUACUGGUGAAAAAUGCAAUAACGGUAAGAAUGAACGGACUAACAGACGUUUUUAUGCGCGAUGAGGAUACCCAAUACUUUGAUCCCAACUGGGUUACCGUAUUUAUUCGAUUAACCGCCCUGGGCGCUUAUUAAAUUUUUUGACCUUGAGAGUGGGCGCUUAUUCGAGGUGGGCGCUUAUUAAAUUUUCACCAUUCUCAGCAAGUGUAGUAGUAUAUUUUGCAACAAUACAGUAAAUGCUAAUUACAAAAAGCGAAGGUGUAACAAAGCAAGGUUUCUGUAAAGUACUCUGAAGGAAACUCCGUCUUAGGGAGGGUCUCUUAUUAUCUCUUAUUGGAGUUUUGUGGGAGGGAGUGGGGUGGGGUGGGCGCUUAUUCGAGGCUGGGCGCUCAUUAACUUUUUCUGCCUUUGGGAUGGGUGCUUACUCGAGGUGGGCGCUAAUUCGAGGUUGGGCGCUUAAUCGAAUAAAUACGGUAAAUACUGUUUAUAUGACAUUAGUUAUUUUAGCGCCACAUGAAAUCUUAAUUACAAUUAAUGAAACUGCUUUUACCGGCCAUUGGUCAGACGACUGGCUAUCUGACUUCUGCACUCACCAUGGAUCCUAUGGGUUCCUGGAGCGAGUUGUUCCAACGACGAUUCGUUCUACUGGUACCACGACAACAACCUCGUUUCCAAGGUUCUCUCCCACUCGUCCCUGGUAACGACGUCGCCAGGACAACUCAUAAUGACUUUUGUUUGAAACAUGAGUUUGUAGAGGAGGUUGGUUAAUAACAAAGAGCAGGAACAAAUCAGUAAACAAUAUGGUGCUGCUGUAUAUGUUGCCAGUGGGCGCAUCAAUUGACAGAGCUUUGAAUCUUUUCUAACCGUUAAUACAUUGUAAUUAAAUCAAACUAAAAUAUGGCAAUAUUUUAAAAUACUUUAUUUGAGGUUGUCCACGGCGUGAAGUCCAAAAAGCGAAUCUUCAUUUUAGAUAAAUAAACAACAACAACAACAAUGUAUUUAUUUAAAGAAAUAUAAUUAAAGUUACAAUACUUUAUGUCCUGCAAAUAGCUAUAAUGCUAAUCUAGGCAGGACAAGACUUUAAAUAAGAAAAAAGACUGAAAAGAAAAGAAAUACAAUAACAUACAAAAAGAAACACCUUACAUAUAAAUUCAAGGACAGGGGAUUUUGUUAUUUGAAAAAGACUAAAUUACAACUGGAGGUACAUACGACAUAUCAGGUUAACUUCAUAAAAUAUUCUAUUAAAUAAUUAACAUUCAAAUAAUUAUCUUCAUUACCUAGAACAUUAAGGAGUAGUGAUUUAAUUUUUUUACGAAAAUUAGAUAUGUUGACUGGAAUCGAAUUCCAAUUAGACACAGCAAUUAAUUAGUAAAAGAUUUUUUCAUUUUUUUAGUUCUAGAGAAUUUGACAGAGAAACAUUCUUUUGCAGAUAAUCGCGUAUUACAACGAUGUUUUGUAUUGAUUUUCGCAAACUUAUCGAGAAGACAUUUAGGAGCUGUCUUAGCAUGAACGUCAUGCAUUAAAUAGCUUAAAUGCCGGACUUCAUAACGUAAGGCUGCACUAAACCCAGGAUUGGAGUGCUUCGAAGUACACUUUGCCGUUGAUUAAUAGUAAAUCACUCUAUCACUGUAAUCUAAGUCUUGUUGUAUUAGCCUGUUUUUUUUGUGCAUGCAUGUUGUUGUUUCGCAUUUAGACAUCAACGAAUGCGAGGACGGCAGUCAUAACUGUGAUAAGAAUGCAAACUGUACAAACACCGUUGGCUCCUUCAUCUGUACGUGUAAUCCGGGAUUUCAGGGAAACGGACAGUCAUGCACAGGUAUAAACCCUCAGAGCUAGCUAGCUUAUGAGUAUCAAUCGCAAAUAACCAAAUUAAAACAUUAUUACUUGAAGGUAUCUACCAAAAUUAAAUUUACGAUGAGCACAUUUCCUUAAAUGAAAAGUUUCACGAGGCAGAAAGAGAUUCGGCCUUUUCCUCCGGCUUAAGGGAGUGUGCGUGCACUAUUGAAAUGCGAUCUAAACUGUAUUUUAGUUGUAUUUUCUGCGUCGAAACGAAGGCGACCUAAUACUGGGCUUUUGCUCUAUUUUUAUUUUUAAUAUAUUUUUGAAAAGCGAGGUUAAAGAAAGCAAGAGGACAAACGACGACAUGCUUUUGUUGUGCAAGGUUUUUUGAAAGCGUACUUAAAUGCUCUCAAGUGGAAACUUUUUAUACUGAAUUUAACCAUCCAUCUGGUCCAUUGUAUCACAGGCGAUUCCACCAAGAACACUGGCAACCAAAAUGUAUCUCUAAGUAUGACUUGUCGACGCUGGCUAGUGUGCGGGCGGUAUGGAAAACGUUAAAUUGGCAAAUGUAAAUAUUGUACGAAUAUUAAUGUGAACAAUUAACAUACGACAUUAAGAUGCUAUGAUUUUUGUAAAAGAAAGGUUUUAGAUGGGCCGUGAUCAGUGCCUUAGAACUCAGCCCGUAACUGUGUCAGGUAAUGCUGUAUUAUUUUUGGCGCAGAUUAUGAUGAAUGCAGUAACAGAAGUCGUAACUGCCAUGAGAAUGCAACAUGUAUUAAUACCGCUGGAUACUUUGAAUGCAUAUGUAACCCAGGGUUUACUGGAAAUGGGCGUAUCUGUGCAGGUAAAAUUGCCUUUUUUCUCAUUUUUAUGUUGCUGUUGUUCUUGGUUCUUCUUUGUUUGUUACUGUCAGUUUUGUUUUGUUCGAAGAAGGAUACUAAAUCCCAUUUAGUCUUUUAGAAUGUACUUAUUAAGUUUUUUUUUUCUCAUCUUCAGAGAAUAAUAGCGUAUUUAAGAACCUAAAUAUAAUAGCCUAAAUUUGUGCUUAUAAAUUGCCGCCAUAUACAAAGUUUGAACCUCUUUACGCCGUACAUGUACAAUGCAUCAACUCUUUGCCGGCUCAGUCCCAACUCUCUCUCUCUCUCUCUCCUUCUCCCUCCCCUUCUCCUUCCAUCUCCCCCUCUACCGUGCCCCCUCUCCCCUGCCCCCUCUUUUUUUAGUGGUCUCUCCCGCUACAGUUAAACGACUUCUUUAACCUUUUUUGAAAUAAUUGUAGGCUGAGUUACCACUUUUCUUGUGUGUGUUUGCAUUUUUAUCAAGGUUGUGGCAUCAAUCUGCGCCACUUUGAACAAUAUCAAGAUUUGCUGACCAAAGGGGGUCGCGAUGUUGAAAACUUCACCAUCAACGGAAGUCUGUUUCUUGCCUUUGCGAACCAUUUUGACGACGUUGAACAAUGGCGCACAAAUUCUUUUAUCUACAAAAUGAAUCCUUCGACGGAACAGUUCGUUCUUUACCAAACCAUAAACAGUGUUGGGCCCUAUGACAUCGAGUAUUUCAAUAUUAGUAAUACACAUUAUUUAGCUAUUGCUAGCCACCAUGAUGGUAUCACCUACCGCUUGGAUUCUGGUAUUUUCCAGUGGAAUGGAGACCAGUUUGUCCCUUUCCAAAGUAUUGCAACAAACGGGGCAGGAUCAUUUACGUCUUUUAAGAUAAUGGAAGAAUCGUUUCUCGCUGUUUCGAAUUUUUAUAACGAUACUUCACACUUUAUCAGCUCAACUGUUUACAAGUGGAACACUAACAAGUUUGUAAAACAUCAGGAGAUACAGACCGAGGGGGCUUUAUCGGGUGAAGCAUUUGAAAUUAACAACGAAACAUUCUUUGUUUUUGGGAAUUACGCCAACUCUAAGAACGGUCAAUUCGUCAACUCUACCGUCUAUAAAUGGUCUGGUAGGUACUUCACUAAAUUCCAGUCACUGGAGUCGUUUGGAGCAUGGCAUGUGGAAUUUUUCGAGAGCAAUGGAGAUACCUUCCUUGCUUUCGCUAAUCAUCACAACGGCACUACUUAUAACCUCGAAUCCUUCAUAUACAAGUGGAAUGGAAGCAAGUUUGUACUGUUUCAAUCCAUUCCUACCCGUGGAGCCUCUGCGUUGUAUCCAUUUGUUGUGUGUGGUCAAAUGUUCGUUACUGUUGUCAAUUACUACGAUCAACAGAAGACUGUUGAGCGGUAUAGCACUACAUCAGAUGUGUACCAGUUCACUGGGGGGCACUUUAUCAAAUAUCGAGAGAUUCCCACCCUAGCGGCCACUGCUGUAACAGCAUUCGAGUUCAAAAAUCAAGUUUAUAUUGCUAUUGUAAGUUAUUAUAGCGAGAUUGACAACAAAUACAGAAUAAACAGCAAGUUGUUCAAGUGGAUCUAAACUGAUAAGAUAACGACUUCCGAAACAUUUCCCUUAAGUGAUCUCAUCACGCUGCUCCGACCUCAGUAACGGCGGAACGAGGGCGUUGAUUGUUGGAGGCUAGCUUUGACUACAUUCUAAAUAAAUUGACUGUAAUUCUUUAUCGACACUAUAUGCUAACAAUCUAGCUUGACUCCAUAAUAUUCUAAAUAACCCAAGAAUCAAAUCAUACUCACGGCCCGGGGGCGUACUUUAGGAAUUUCUGGGUGGGGACGUGCCGCUGGGACCUUGGAACCCUUAUCCUAUACCAGAGCUAGUUCAGCUGAAUUUGGCUACCCUAUACUAGAGUAAACUCCCCAAAUACCUCCUAUCCUGGGGUAGCUGUUUCCCCAGUCUUGAUAAAAUCUUCAACCAACUGAUCAGUUUCCCGAAAAAUGAUACCCUAUUCUAGACCCAAACGCUCUGAUUUAUAUACCCUAUCCUAGAGUUAACGGCUUGAAAACCAUACCCUUCACAGCGGCAGAUACCUAUAUAGCCCAUUUAUGGCAGUACCCCCCCGGGACUCACGGUGGGUGCUUUCCAUUUUGAAAAAAAAAAAGUCAGCAACCAGAGGAAUGCUCAAGAGAAAAUAGAACGACAUUGUUCGAUUAAAUCAAAAUUUUCAGUCGAAUCGACGCGAUCCAUUUGCGUUUCGAUCGAAACUGUGAUUACUGCUUAGCAUAUUAAAAAGCAGGACUAGAAAGGAGAAUUUUUGGAAAUGGAACGACAAGUUUCGUUCGAAAGAGAGCCACCUCUGGAGGUGGACCACAAAUUUCCACGCGGACGGAAGCGGCGUUCCACUUAUUUCUCGACCGAAAUUUUUUUAGACGUAAUGAAAAGCACUCGGUAUAUGCAUAACAACUGAGUUCUUGAUGUUGCACUAAUUGUAAUCAUUUAUAACCCAGCGUUUAUAAAGAGUCGCCUGAAUUAUAAAUAAGUACACAGUAACUUGUGACACAGCCUAUCAUCUAUUUCAUGGACACCCAACGACCAAAUGUUUUCAAAUUCGUCAGAAGUGUCUCAAUUGGUUUUCUUUUCGUUUAAGAAGCCUGUUUAGUUUAUUUGGAGCUGCCCUAAAAACCAUUUAAUAUCUGUUUUUGUGUCUUAGGAGACCUUUGGUAGUCACUUUUUCGUCUCAUUCAAAACUGUUAUAGCUGUCCUGAUGGGUGCGAGGUUAAAAGUUCGAGGACAUGGAGUAUACGUACUUUCAUAAGAAAUUUCUAAGGCACUUGAUGUCUUAGUAAAAAUAACUGCAAUAUCUUGCACGGUUGAUGUAAAAUGUGCGCAUAAAAAAUUUGACGUAAAUCAUCGAACAACUCUGAAUAUCUCAAACGAAUGGACCCGCGUUAUCCAGAAAUUUUAACUUUUCUCGAACUUAAGAAAUUUCUAGGCAAAAUUUGCUCCCUCGAGCAGUUUUUUACAGAGAAAAGUCGUCAUUCCCCAUGCAGCUGUUUGAAACCACGAUCUGAUGCACAACUACAAUCCCAGAGGUUUUUCUUUAAUUUGUUCUCCGUUCAAGAAAACAUCUCUGGAACCUGCAGGGUAAUGCACAACGUUUGCAGAAUGAAAAAUCCUAGCAUAGACCUAAGUAUCCGUAGCGAUCUGUCAAGCAGACCGUAAGAACUACGACACGUUGCACAAGCGCGACACACGUGUCUCAUUGUCGCGUGGUUUGUCUUUUUUUUUUUUUUCGCCACGACCCUGAUAUCGGUAACAGGCUAAAUUGUUCCUUGCGUAGUAGUUAUCAUGGCGUUUCUCUGCCCUUACAUUUCCUACUGGGCUUAGAAAAAUUUCUGAUCUAAAUUCUAUUGAAAUGAUUCAUAAGACAUUAAUUAUUUAUUAAAUCGGCUUUGGGCCAUACAAUUUACUCCAUAAUUAUCAAUCCUGUCCUUGUCUGUUUGUUAUUGCCCAAUAAACAAGCGCACAAGGGAGGGGUGGGGGAAAGGAUUGCAGCCAAAUUGUAAAUAGUCAUAUUCUUAUUACCAGGCAAAAACAUAAAGGGGAGGUUUUAUAUAUUACUUUCUAAAAAUUGGGUAUCAUUGCGAACUCGCGCAAAGUAAUUGACAGCUCUCUUUGGCUCGAUUUGAUCUGUAGAGAGGGUACUCUACCUAUUUCGCUUAGGUAUAGGUUCAAACCUGUUUUAUUCUUCUUCUUCUUUUUAUUCUUCCUUAUUUCAGGCCCCGUCCACACGUAUCCGGAGAUUUUUGUAUCCGCAAAUUUUUUUAUGCGGAUACAAAAAUAUCUGCGUCCACACGUAGCGUAUACGAAUCGUAUACGACCGUCCACACGUAUCCGAUUCGUAUUCGGACAUCUCAAAGGAUUAGUCAACAGAGCAUGCGCAUUAAGACUGGUUCUGAUACUGUGACGUCAGCGUAUACAAAAAUAUACGGAUACGAGCGUCCACACGUAUCCGGAUACACAGCGUAUACAGAAAUUUCCACUCUGGAGAGCGUAUACAGAAAUCUCUGGAUACACCGAGCGUAUACGGCAGACACUUGUGGACGCUAGGUGUAUCCGCAUAAAAAAAUUUGCGGAUACAAAAAUCUCCGGAUACGUGUGGACGGGGCGUCAGUCUCUGUUUUGACCAGUCUGCUUAAGCUGCGUUUACGCAUGGCUGCUAUUGUCUUUUACAAAGCCUAAAGAGAUUCAUACUGUAUGUACAUCUUCCGAAUUCUCAAGAUGUACAUUGCCGGCGUCAUAAUCUUUUUUUACUUUCAUACCCGGUACAGUGCCUUUUAAUCCUAGCUCUGAAAAUGUAUGAGCCAAGCAUGCUGUCUCACUCAAAUCACUAAUAAAAAUGUUGUCCAAGUCACGAAUUUUACUAAUCAAUCCUUUUUAUGAAUAAUUUAUAUCCUAAAAGCAAUCUGUGUUUAAGAAUAAGUUAGGUUUUGCAAAUGUAUCAGUAAGUUGACGUUGGCUUUCAGUAAACUGGUCUCUCGCGAACUCACACUGGGUGUUGCUAUAAUGGUGACUUGGAACUUAGAAGUAGUUUUGCUGUUGGUUUGUACUCUUUGGGGCCCUAGUGUAUAUUGCAUCUCAGCAGCAAAUCAAGGUGACUUCAGUGAUCUAAUACAUUCAACAUAAAGAAUUUUGUUAUGUUUAUUUUCCGGUCUAUUCACUGACCUAACGUAGUACACGGGGUUCCACCUGUGUUUUUUAAGCCUCCAAUAUACAGAUUUUGGUUUUUAUAAAAUCUCUUAAGACUGAAUAACCCUUUAAAAAUUUAAAAAAAAUUACUCAGUUACAAUUACGAUAUUUCUCUGUUAAAAAAUAAAACGGUAUAUUUAAAAUUGUAUUUCACACUGCUGCAGGUUUUAAAAAGCGCUCUCUUUUUAAAACAUAGCGGCUGUUCUCAGGUACUCGGGCUCGGCGCUUUUAAUUUUUACCUGUCCCGGCAAGGAGAACCCGAAAAUAGGUUACUUUACCCUAAAACAUUUCAAGUAGUUGCCGAGAGGCACCAAAAUGUCUUAAAGGAAUAUUUCUCUGGAAAUUUCAAGUUGUUGAUGUAAAUUAAAACCAAUUUGCUGUGUUUUGUUAAUUAUGGUAGCUGGAUGUCGCCACUUAAAGUUUAUUUCACCUGCCGAAAACCGUCGACUUGAAGGUCAUGUGAUUUGGAAUCAUUCUAUCGGUAUUCACGGGUCAUGUCAUCAUUUUUGUGCCAUGGAGAGGGACUGCGUGUCAAUCAACAUUAGUCCUGUUUUAAAUGACACAGUGGUGUGUGAAUUGAAUGAUGCUGACGCCCUACAGAAUCCAGGUGAUCUUAAGGUGACACCAGGCUGGACCUAUAGGGGAACGGAGGUAAGAAAUAAAAGAUAUUGGAUAUUGCAAUACAUCUUUUUUGUCAUUUCUAGGUAGCUACAUGUAUUUCCGAUGCAAGCGGCUGGGCUAUAAACUAAGAUGUAAAGGGCAUUUAAUUAACAAGAAAGGCAUGACGCCGAGAAUCCCUCUUUUAACACCAAUUUUGUAGCCUGUUAUGCGCGUUUGUUUGUUUGUUGAUUUUGUUAAAUCAGUGUUUAGCUCAAUUCUUCCGUCAACAAAUUUAUAACUCACCUGGAUGCAGUUGACGCUUUCGUUGCAUAAACAACUGUUUCAAGUUAUCAACAAACGCGGUUCAUACUUAAAGACCUUGAAUUUCCUGAAUCUUAUAAGUCAAAAUUUCCGUGUUCCUAAAACCCUCACUUUCAAAAUGAGGCCAAGUGCUCAACAUUUCUUGUGAAAAUGAGUUUUAUAUACAUGAGAAUGAAAAGUCAAUUCCAUGUCAAAGGCUGAGCACUUUACCUAGUCUAGAUACAGAGGCCCGGGGGAACUCGGAAAUGGCCUAUUACAAUAUUUUUUGUAAGAAAGAAGAUCAUCGCAGUUAUAGACGCAACUUUUGCAGUCGCGAAAAGAAAGCCUGUAAAAAAUUAGGCUUGAACAGGGUUCGAAUCCUUGACUUCUGCGAUACCGGUGCAGCGCUCUACCAAUUGAGCAUAGAAGCCAACUGGGAGCAGGUCGUUGAAUUGGUUCGUUAUAGACCCGUGAAAGGAUGAUGAUGAAGUUUUGAAUAUUUGAAAAUCAUAUACGUGAACUGCGGGGUGAAGAGUUAUACGAAAAUUUUUUCAGGCUGCCUUUUCGCAACUGCAAAACUUGCGUCUAUAAUUGCGAUGAUCUUCUUUUAUAUAAUUCUUCACCCCGCAGUUUGCAUAAUUAUAUGAUUUUCAUAUUCAAAACUUCAAUAUUUUUUGUUUUAACAUUUUGGCCGCUUUAAUUUUAAAGAAUUUAUCUUUUCAUUAUAUAGAAUAUAUGCUCCAGUAACCCGUGUUUUAACAACGGGAAGUGCCUGAACGGAUUCACUGAUAAGAAAUAUCUCUGCUUGUGUCCAGAGGGUAUUGGUUAUACUGGUGAAAACUGCAAUAUAGGUAAGAAUGAUAGGACUAACGUACUCGUUUAAACGUGAACAGGAUCCCCAAUCGCGGCUGUGAUAUGCAUAUCCCCAUAAGAAACACACAUUUAAAGGUAACGGUUCCCCUAUCUUAAGGAGCCAAGACCCCGACUGGAAAUUUAAUGGGAUAAUAUUCAGUUAUCCCUAAACUGCAUGUCUCUCGUAUUGUGCUAUUGCUUUCAAUUUAGCGAUGAUUGGAAAUGAAUAUUAUAUACUCUGUUUUUAAUUUUACUCUGCGAGGAGAGGUUUUGUAGGCAUAGCGCAUUUACGAAUGUUGGAUCCGUCUCUUAAUGUCUUCGUUAAACAGGUGUUUGAUUGGUGUGAAGCCUAGACGGUCUCUAUCACUCCGGAUCCCCACUAAUAGUUGACUAGUGGUCAGAAGAUUCGCCAUUUAAGUUUUGCACUUGGAUUCCAUAGGUUCCUAAGCUGGAGUGAACUUGUUCUAACAAAGAUCAGCUCCAAUCCUCCUAUCCAGGGUUAGCUACCAUGACAACAGCUUUGCUACCGAGGUUCUCUCCUACUACUGCACCCUGGAAACGAGGUUGUCAUAAAAACAAUCUCGUUCCCGAGGCUCUCUCUUACUCGUCCCCUUGAAGCGAGUUCGCCAUGCAUGACAAUUCACAAUUUCUCAUAAUGAUGCCUUGUUUGCAACGUAAUAGUAGAAUAGUAGAGGAGACUGUUUAUCAUAAAAAAAACGCAGGCACAAAUCAGGGAAGUAAACAAUGUGGUGCUGAGGAAUAUAUCAGAAGCUUACUGAUAGUGUACAGAAUCUAUUCUUUUCUGUUCACACAUUGUACUAAAUAAAUUACAGAGACAUAUCUAUUGGUCAGUUAGCUAAAAAUAAUUAUAACAUCGCUAUUAAGGUUGUGCACGGAGUGAAAAGUCCAAAGAGCGAACCUUAGUCUUAGCUAAAUCCGUCGGUCGUCAUUAUUAAGUUUGAAGUGAACCCAGGAUUGGCGUUAAACGUACUUUGAAGCGAUACUUCGCCCUUGAUUAAUAGUCUUUAUACUGCCUUACUCUCUUUACUGUAUAUUAGCACAUUUUAUGCAUGCACGUAGUCUAUUAUUAUCACCAACAUCAUCUUUUUGUUUUUCGUAACGUUGUUGUUUCGUGGUUAGACAUCAACGAAUGCGAGGACGGCAGCCAUAACUGCGACAGGGAUGCAAACUGUACAAACACUUCUGGCUCCUUUAUUUGUACCUGUAAUCCGGGACUUGUGGGAAAUGGACGAUCACGCACAGGUAUAAUGAUUCUUGUAAGCAUCGAUCACAAAUAACCAGGUUAAAACCGUAUUAUUUGCAGCACUAUUAACCAAAAUUUACGAUGAGCUCAUUUCGUAAAUUAGGAUAGGAACAAAAGUUUCACGAGGUGGAAAGAAUACUUCAUGGAAAGUGCGCGCCUACGGAAUUUACGUGGUCAAAAAUCAAACGAGUGAGCGUAUGUGCGUAAAUACCGUAAAAAGCACUUUCCAUGUGGUAUUGUGCACGUGUUUAUUAUAUACAUACUCACAUUACAUACAUUCUCACGCGUGUAAAAUCAUCGUUCGCGAUUUUGAUUAGACCUAUCACGUUUAUUACUUUUGAAAGAAAUCGUUCUUUCCAUUGAUUCGCAGAACUCGUUGGCUUAUGAAGAUUUACGACAUAGUUUUUCAGUAAGUAAAUCUCAGUCUGUCUUUAAUAAUAUGUUUUAUCAUUUUGACUCAGAUUUUGAUGAAUGCAGCAACGGAAGUCAUGACUGCCACGAGAAUGCAACAUGUUUUAAUACCGCUGGAUACUUUGAAUGCAUAUGUAACCCAGGGUUUACCGGAGAUGGGCGUAUAUGUGCAGGUAAUAUAAUUGCGUGUCUUUUUUUUUCUCAACUUUUUGUUGAAGCAACGCACAUCAUCCAUUGUUCAGGGUAAGAGACUCAAUAUUCCUAUCAUUAACUUACACCCAGACCGACAAAAUACAUCGUAUAAAAAAAUUGUCUCUAUACUGUUUCUUUAGUAUGAGAAAUACAAAAAAGGAAGAUCAUGAGAAUCAAUUAACCGCAUUUUGUUCAUGAUGUAAAUACAAAAGGCUGUGACGUCAUCGGCGUUACUGUAUUCCUAAGUAAGUUCAUGAGAUUUCUGCCCAAAUAAGGGAGUAAUACAUCCCUACUAUACUACUUUCCUUCUAUCAUUGCACAUAAGCACAUAUCGACGUUCUAGUCGAGCAGUAUGCAGAAUGUUUGUCGCAUAAACCUAGUUUAGUGGCUUAGCUCAGAGUCUUCUGUAGCUUAGUGAAAGAGCAUCUGGACUAGCCAACCUAACGGAGAUGGUUUGGAAAAACGAAAGGUUUGAACAAACGAAGGUUUGCUUGCUAUUGGCAGUACUCGGAUUUUUUCUUCCGAGCCGCUAAUGUCAGUGACUGAACAAAAUCAUCUCUAUCAGCCUAAAUAUAUGAUAGUCUUAAUUUGUGCUUACAAAUUGUCAUAUAUCCUGUAUGAAGUCAUGGCUUGCGUUUUUCAACUAUAUUGCUUUAUUUAAACGUCGUCCUUAUAAACUUUGGUUUGGAAUAUGUCGUAACCGGUUUUUUUAUGUUUCCACUUUUAAUCAAGAUUGUGCCAUCAAUCUGCGCCACUUUCAACAAUACCAAGGUUUGCCGACUAAAGGGGCUCAUGAUGUUCAACAUUUUAGUAUCAAUGGAAGUCUGUUUCUUGCCUUCGCGAACUAUUUCGAUGACGUUGAACGAUGGAGAACAAGCUCUUUUAUCUACAAAAUGAACCCUUCAACGGAUCAGUUUGUUCUUUACCAAACCAUAGACAUUGUUGGAGCCUUUGACGUUGAGUAUUUCAAUAUUGGUAAUAAACAUUAUUUAGCCAUUGCUAGCCACAAUAAUGGUAUCACCUACCGCUUGGAUUCUCGUAUUUUGCAGUGGAAUGGAAACCAGUUUGUCCCUUUCCAAAGUAUUGCAACAAACGGGGCAGCAUCAUUUACGUUUUUUAAGAUAAUGGAAGAAUCGUUUCUCGCUGUUUCGAACUUUUAUAACGACACUUCACACUCUAUCAGCUCAAUUGUGUACAAGUGGAACAUUAACAAGUUUGAAAAAUACCAGGAGAUAGAGACUGAGGGGGCAUUAUCAGGUGCAGCACUUGAAAUACACAACGAAACAUUCUUUGUUUUUGGGAACUUCGUUAAUGCUAAGCAUGGGCACUCCGUAAAUUCUACCGUUUAUAAAUGGUCUGGUCGGUACUUUGCCAAAUUCCAGUCACUGGAGUCGUUUGGAGCAUGGCAUGUGGAAUUU